GUGGGAUCGGGGUCGCGACAGGAGCGAUGGGCGCGGGUCGCCGCCUCCUCCUCUCGCUGAGCCCCGAGCGCCGGCGCUGCGCCGCGGUGAUCGGUCUGAUGGCGGCCUCGGCACUGGGCGAGAUGGCUGUGCCCUACUACAUGGGACGUGCCAGCGACUGGGUGGCCCGCGAGGACGAGCUGGCGGCCAUCCUACCCAUGGUGCUGCUGGGCCUCAGCAGCGCUGUCACCGAGCUGGUGUGCGAUGUGACCUUCGUGGGGACGCUGAGCCGCACGCAGAGCCGCCUGCAGCGCCGUGUCUUCGCUGCCGUCCUGCGGCAGGACAUCGCCGAGCUGCGCGCCGAUGGGGCCGGGGAUGUGGCCACGCGGGUGACACGGGAUGCAGAGGACGUGCGUGAGGCGCUGGGCGAAGCGCUGAGCCUCCUGCUCUGGUAUCUGGCACGCGGCGUCUGCCUCUUCGCCACCAUGGCCUGGCUGUCCCCGCGCAUGGCGCUGCUCACCGCGCUGGCGCUGCCGCUGCUGCUGGCCCUGCCCAGGGCUGUGGGGCACUUCAGGCAGGCCCUGGCACCACAGAUGCAGAAGGCGCAGGCCCAGGCUAGCGAGGUGGCAGUGGAGACUUUCCAAGCCAUGGCCACCGUGCGCAGCUUCGCCAACGAGGACGGGGCGGCUGCGCACUACCGGCAGCGCCUGCAGCAGAGCCACCGCCUGGAGAAGAAGGAUGUGGCCCUCUACACCGUCUCUGUGUGGACCAGCGGUUUCUCAGCGUUGGCCCUGAAGGUGGGGAUCCUCUACUAUGGGGGGCAGCUGGUGGCUGCAGGGACCGUCAGCACUGGGGACCUUGUCACCUUCCUCCUCUACCAGAUGCAGUUCACUGAUGUUGUGGGGGUCCUGCUCCGCUAUUACCCCACACUGACAAAGGCUGUGGGCUCUUCGGAGAAGAUCUUUGAGUUCCUGGACCGGGAGCCACAGGUUGCACCCUCGGGGACAGUGGCACCCAGUGACCUGCAGGGCCACCUCCAGCUGGAGGACGUCUGGUUCUCCUACCCUGGGCGCCAGGAGCCCGUCCUCAAGGGCGUAUCGCUGGAGCUGCGCCCUGGGGAGGUGCUGGCACUGCUGGGACCCCCGGGUGCAGGGAAGAGCACUCUGGUGGCCCUGGUGUCACGCCUGCACCAGCCCACGGCCGGGCGCCUGCUGCUGGACGGCCACCCCCUCCCCAGCUACCAGCACUCCUACCUGUGCCGCCAGGUGGCCGUGGUCCCCCAGGAGCCGCUGCUCUUUGCCCGCUCGCUCCACACCAACAUCUCCUAUGGGUUGGGGUGCUGCAGCCGGGCGCAGGUGACAGCAGCUGCCCGCAAGGUGGGCGCCCACAACUUCAUCACCCACCUGCCCCAAGGCUACGACACAGAGGUGGGCGAGUUGGGAGGACAGCUCUCCGGGGGGCAGCGGCAGGCGGUGGCCAUUGCCCGUGCGCUGCUGCGGGACCCCCGCAUCCUCAUCCUCGAUGAGCACAGCAGCGCCCUGGACACUGAGUGCCAGCAGCAGGUGGAACAGGAGAUCCUCGCAGCCAGAGGGUCGGGGCGUGCAGUGCUGAUGGUGACGGGCCGGGCAGCCCUGGCAGCGCGGGCACAGCGGGUGGCUGUGCUGGAUGGGGGAGAGGUGCGCCAGCAGGGACCCCCCCACGAGGUGCUGCACCCCGGAAGCCCCAUGUGGCACCUGCUGCAGGACUGGGGACAACAGGGAGCACCAAGGAAGGGGGACAGAGGGAGUGGGGAUGAGGGAUAGCAAGAGUUAUGGAUGGGGACGGCAGAGGGUGGGGGCAGUGGGAGGUGGGAUGGGGACACUGAGCAUUGGGACUGAGAAUGGGGACACUUAGGGUGGAGGUGGGGACACCAGGACAGUGACAAAGGACCACAAGAGCUGUGCCAUGGGCACACGGAUGCUGAGCCGGGCACACUGCCAUAUCAUUGCUGUAUGACACACAAUGGCCACUGCACAGACAGCAGUGUCACUGAGUGCCAGCAGGGCUGGGGGUGUGACACAGAACCGGGAAUAAAGCUGCAUGUUUGUACCCAG